CUCUACAGUAAUAAUUAUCUUAGUAUGUAUAACAACUUCAGAGAGCUUCCUAAGCCCAGAACACGAAUGUUAGCAACAUGGAAAAUAAAAGAAAUGAUUGAAAGAGGUGAAAUACUAAUGGAUGCACCAUAUCAGAGAGAUAUUGUUUGGGGAAAAAAUAAAAUGACAGAUUUGAUCGAUUCGAUCAUUCAUAAUUAUUACAUUCCACCAUUACUUUUCGUUACACGUAUAAUCAAGGGAAAACAGACACGUAUAGUUAUUGAUGGAAAACAGAGAUUAACAUCUGUUUUCAGGUUUAUGGAAAAUUUACUUCCUUAUGUUGAUCAUUCUUCAGAAUCUCCUGUUGAAAGAUAUUAUGCUGAACAAAACACUGAUAUUGAACAAAAUACUAAUGAUCAAGCAAUUCCUAAACACUUUUUGACGGAAGAAUUAUUCAAUAAAUUUACUACAUUUGAAUUUGUUUGUGUGGAGUAUCAUGAUAUUUCAGAAGACGAUGAAUACGAAAUUUUCUCCAGAGUUCAAAUGGGUGUAGCAAUGACAAAGGCUGAUAAAUUAAAAGCACACAACACACCGAUAGCCAAAUAUUGUCGUGAUAUAGCUAGCAAUUAUUAUCCAAUUUCAGAAAUAUUUCAUACCAAGACAGAAUCUUAUCUUUUCCAAAUGUCAGCACAUCUUUUACUUACACUUAGAGAUGAUCCUAGUGCAUUUAGAGGCACCGCGCCUUAUUUAGAAGAGUUUAUUUGUAGUAAUUGGGUACCUACUGAUGAGUUGAAAGAAAAAAUGAGACAAGUACUUAAUGUCUAUUUAGGCAUUGUUCACGAUGCAUCUUUAAAGCCAUGUUUAAUGAAGAGAAAUAAUUUGACUGUUGCGAUGAAGCCAUUAGAAUUCCUUGCCUUUGGAAAAUACAUCUCUUUAGUACGUCGUCCAAGAGAUGUUAAAUCUUAUGCUGCAGAUUUUGUCAAUUUUCGAGGAUAUAUGUUUGAAAAAUGGGAAGGGAAAUUUUAUUUAAGUAACAAGCUAUUUCUAGUGGCAAUGGAAUGGGUUGAAGCAUAUAUUAACACACACAACUUAGUUCCAGCUAUUCCAUCAAACCCUAAUUUAUACUAUGAUUAUCAAAAUCAUGAUGUAGAAAUGGACGAACUGAAAAUGGAUGAAUAUGAACCAGAGAAUGUAUCUAUACCCGUACAACCUAUAGUAAAUCGAAGACAAAAACGAACUUAUGGUGUGCCUGUUGCUAGAAGAGGAGGAAAACUGCCUGCUGGUCUUAAUAGACGUUCAUGAUUUGCCUAAAGGCCUUUCACUUAUUUGAUACAGUGGUAUUAUUUUAGGGAUUACAUUUAAUCAGCCCGGUCCAGACCAUACGAUUUAUUUUGAGUCAUUCUCUGCACGUCUUUUAUAUAUGCAUAUCUUUGCCACUUUACUUGAUAUUUGGGCAAGUUAAUACAUAAUUAGAGACUUACAACGCAUUCAUGAGUGAAGUUUCUUGGUAUGAGCUAUAUUUCUAUUAGAAAAAAUAAUUGAACAAUAUUAGGGCAGUGUGUUAUCAAUGCUUUUAAAUAUAUAUAUAUAUAUACAUAU